CCAUUCAGUCUUAUAAAUCUCGAGAUUUUCCCAUUAGGAUAUUCGCAGUUAUAAAACUGUUCGUUGCAGACGGAAGGCAUCUCAGAGCUUGAAAAGAUUUUGUACAGUCCUGCGAAACAUUUUUGAUCUGUAGUCUGAUCUGCCAGAUCACUGCGGAAAUCAUGAACUUUGCUUCGUUCGUUCUCUGCAUUUUCGUCGCGUUGUUGGCAAUCGCCCAAAGUGAAAGAAUCCUGUCUAACCGCAGCGCAGAUUAUGAUGUUCAUAAUGAAAUUAAUUGCCGCCAAGGUAGUCGUGGUUUGAAGCAUACCAUUAUGAACAGCAUCUGCAGACCUUACGAACGACACGUUGAUCUGAAACCCUUGCCAGGGUUUCGCUUCAUACCGCCAACAGUUUCCAUUAAACGAUGUGACGGGCACUGCCUCGCCGGUUUAUCAUGUGUACCCGUGUCGAAAAGGCUGGUUGACGUUCAUGUUCAAGUAAAACGUUUGAACCAAGUAUAUGGCCAGCCGAUAAUGAUGUGCGGUGUCGUGAAAGUCGAGGAACAUGACCAGUGCAGGUGUAAAUGUCAACGGACGGCGAAGGAUUGCAACGAUCGACAAGAUUACAAUGUGGAUAGUUGUAGCUGUGACUGCAAGAAUGGAAAUCAGGAAAAGGAGGAUUGCGAACGUCAAAUGGGAAAGACAUGGAACGACGACGAAUGCUCCUGCAAUUGCAACGAAUUGGAAGUCCUCUGUACGAAUGGCCAAUACUGGGACGAAAAACAGUGCAAAUGUGUUCAAUGAUGUAAUCCGAUAAAAGUUUCCCAGAGCUAGGGUUAGAUUUCACAUCUUCAUCAGAGACCUUUUCCUCGUAAGUUCAUGUUUUUGCAAUUCUUUAACUAAUAUAAUCUUAAGCUGUAUGGACAGCUGUGUUCCACGGGUGAAAGGUUUCAUUUUAUUAUUUUUGAUGGACAACUUGUGUGUGAUACUUUCAAUAAAUAUUUGUAGAAAUAAAUAAAUAUACAAACUGAUUAGAAUAACGACUGCAGUAAUACAACAGUAUAAGUAAUUGAAGGUUAAAACACUUAUGGUAUGUUAUUUAUCCAUAACUACAUGGCAGUUAUAAUAUCAAAACUCAGUCACAAAUCGUUUGGCACAAAAGGCUCGUUCUUUCACUGAGUGAAUUUUUCAUCGGCACUUUCCGAUAUGAUUUCGACUAUAUGCAAUCUUAGAUAACGCGUAUACAAUCGAUUUGAAUUGAAUUUCGUGUCAUAAUCAUAGCGAAGUGUCGUGACAAAUAAUUUAUUUUUGAGCAGAAUGUAAAGACUUCAAUCUCAAUUAAUCUAAUUAAAUAUUGACUAGAAAUUUGUAUACAUUAGUUUCUUAUCCAACAGCUACGAAUGUGGGCGUAAUAAAUUCCCUGCUUGAAUAUGGCAAAAUAUUCAUUUACAGGUAUAAUAUGUGCGUAAAUUCUACCCUUGAAAUAUAGCUGUUACCUCUACCGAAAGAAAAUAUGGAAUAUUAAAUCGUGUGACGAUACUUUUGACAAUUCGAAAUUAAUCAUUUUGUAGAAAACUAUUUCAAAGUUUAAAAAAUUUUGUAGCGUUCGCUAAUCGAUUGUUUCAUGAUACUCUCUGAAGGCUAAAUAUUAUCUAAAGUGGCAUUUCUUAGAGGUAUAGUUUUCUUCAUCAUUUAUUUACGAAUUACGCUCAAGACUGUUAUUAUACGAUUAUUUGUAUGCGUUGCGACUUAAUUCACAUUCCAGUAAAUCGCGCGAAAGAAUAAAAUCGACAGAAAAGAUUCGCGUAAGUUAAGACUAAAUAAAAAUCAGGAUCCAAAUGAUGUAUCACUAUACCCAUAAAUAUUGCUGUGCACUUAAAUAUAUUUAAUUCUUCCCUGAAAUUGGGGUCCCUUAACCAGCGACAACUUGAUAAAGACAAAGCACCUCGAUUCUAGUGAAUAUAAAUCAGUUU